GGUGACUCAGUGUGGUGGUGGUGUAGCAGUGUGGUGUGUAUGGCGUUUUAAAGCCACCACCACCACCGCCACCGCCGCUUCACACAAAGAGAUCAAGUUUAGCUGAAAAAAAAGUCUCGUAUUUCCUUAUAACCCGUACGCUAGUUGGUCAUUCAUUUCACUUUUCUCCUUUAAAUAUUUCCUUAGAAGAGACACUAUAAUCUAACGUAAUAUUUUGCGUGAUAUUAAAGAAUUUACAUGUAUCUGUUUAUCAAGGAUAUGCGUUAAAAACUGACUUAGAGAAUUAUAAAGAUUUUGCGGUGCUUAUAUUUAUUAUCUCAUGCUUUGGUCUUCAUACGGAUAUGAAUUCUAAGUAAGGAUUUUUUUUUCUAUUCACUUACGGCCUGAAAAUGUUUAGCGAGUAACGUUCAACAGAAACCAAUAGACUGACUAAUACAUUUCCGUUCGUCUGUUGAUGCUCCGGGCAGGCCACAGGGGAGGUUAAGGCUUGCGUGUCCUGCCUCGCACUAUUACUCUGCUUUCGUGACAAAUCAUUAAUGCAAAUACUUCCCGUUAGCGAGUCACGGAAGGAGAGAAUAAAUGCAUCUAUAUUUUACGUCAUAGUCAACGCUGGCAACUCAGUGCUACACAAGACUCUCUUUCUAAACGGGUUCACUAAAUGCGGACGAUUAUAAUCAUGAUUACUGAUUCCACACUCAUUUUAACACAAUUCCCGCAUUUUUUGCAGCAUUCUCAAUUUUUUUCCAUUAUUUUUCAUGCGUUAUAGUAGCGUUUUAACCGCGUAAUAAGGGAUAUGAUGUUUGCGGGUGUAAGUGUAUGAUAACUUUUGGUGUGUUGUGAUUGGGUGGCGCUUCGUGACGUCAGAGGACAUUGACGUGAACACCCCAUUGUUUAGCGUUCAUGAACUGAGUCUGUUCUAGGUCCUCCCGGUGGACGGGUCGUGGUGCGGCGGUGUGUGUGGAUGAAAUUAGUGGAAUUCCCAAGCAGUGCCCGAUGGAGGCCGGCGGAUAAAGGCGAAAUAAGUCGAGAAAGUGGAGUAAUAAGUGGAAGGGAGUGAGGGAGGAGGUGGCUGAGUGCUUUUGAGUGGAAUAUCCCGAGGAGCAGGAUGGGGGAAGUGGCCAUCGCUUUGCUUCCUUCGCUAUGAUAUGUACAACAACGGAGAGGGAGACAGCCAGUAGGAGUGUGGGUGUUGGAGGAGGAGGAGGAGGAGGCGGGGGGGGAGGAGGAGGAGGAGGAGGAGGUGGCGGUUUGAUAUCUACUGGUAUCUACUCUACCAUGCCAUUGUCCAGAACACGGUCUUUACUUGCAAACAUCAACGGUGCAUCCCCAGGAGAGGCCACCACCACCACAACUACCACUACCACACCUACCACCACCUCUGACUAUCUGGAAGGUGUGAAUGUUACCACCACCACCACCACCACUACUACCACCCACUUGCCGCCUCUUAAACAAGCUCUCGCCAUGAAGACCACCGGGGCCCCUGCCAUCAACCAGCUGUACGAGUUUGACGAUAACAACUCCAACUCUGAGCAGAACGGGCAAGGGAACCAGGUGGGGACGCAGGUGAGCAGCGAGUCUAGUUUACCUGUGGUCCGGCCGCCCUCCGCAGACUCCUCCAGCUUGAAGAAUGGAUCCACCAGGCAGCCCAAAACGUACGUGGCGACCCCAGAGCAGGUUAUGAAGUAUUAUAUGAAUAAACUUACGCCCUACGAACAUAAAGAAAUUUUCACCUACCCUCAAAUUUACUUCAUCGGGGCAAAUGCAAAGAAGCGGCCUGGGAUAAUUGGCUCGGGGAAUCAGGCAAUUUCCUCCAACUAUGGGUAUGACGACCACCAGGGCUCCUAUGCACAUAUACCCCAUGACCACAUUAAAUAUAGAUACGAGGUUUUGAAAAUAAUAGGUAAGGGAAGCUUUGGGCAGGUGGUGAAGGCUUAUGACCACAAGAGCCACCUUCACGUAGCUCUCAAGAUAGUGAGGAAUGAGAAGCGGUUCCAUAGACAGGCGCAGGAGGAGAUAAGGAUCCUUGAACUGUUAAAGAAGCAGGAUAAGGAGAACACCAUGAACAUUAUUCACAUGUUUGAUCAUUUCAAUUUUCGCUCCCAUACCUGUAUCACAUUUGAGCUUCUCUCCAUUAAUCUCUACGAGCUCAUUAAGAAGAAUAAGUUUAUGGGCUUCAGUCUGCAGUUGGUGAGGAAGUUUGCCCACAGUCUGUUGUUGUGUCUCGAUGCUCUCUACAAAAACAAGAUUAUUCACUGUGACAUGAAGCCUGAAAAUGUUCUUCUCAAGCAGCAAGGAAGGAGCGGCAUUAAGGUGAUAGACUUCGGUUCGUCGUGCCUGGAGAACCAGCGAGUGUACACCUACAUACAGAGCAGGUUCUACAGGGCGCCCGAGGUCAUUUUGGGAGCUAAGUAUGGCAUGGCUAUCGAUAUUUGGUCCCUGGGCUGCAUCCUGGCCGAGCUGCUUACCGGCUACCCACUGCUGCCGGGAGAGGACGAGGCGGACCAGCUGGCGUGCAUCAUGGAGCUGCUGGGCAUGCCGCCGGCGCGCCUGGUGGAGCAGAGCAAGCGUGCCAAGAACUUCAUCACCAGCAAGGGGUACCCGCGCUACUGCGUCACCCGCACGCUGCCCGACGGCUCCACCAUCCUGCACGGGGGCCAGAGCCGGCGGGGCAAGCCACGGGGGCCGCCGGGGUCCAAGACGCUGCAGACGGCGCUGAAGGGCUGCAACGACCCCCUGUUCCUGGACUUCAUCCAGCGCUGCCUGGACUGGGACCCCGCCACCCGCAUGACCCCCAGCCAGGCGCUGCGGCACGGCUGGCUGCGGCGCCGCCUGCCCAAGCCGCCCUCUGAGAAGAGCGACUCCCCGGCAUCCACGCUGCGCACGCCGUCGUCGUCGUCGUCCCGCACGCCGUCUUCGGUCGCCGCCAAGCUGAACACCAUUGCCACGCCGGCCACCAAGCUGCGGGCCACCAUCACGGAGGACGCGGGGUCUGCCACGCUGCACCCUCGCCACCACACCAAGUUGCCCCAGAUCACCAACCCCGUCACCUGAGCCCCGCCGACCCUUCCCCCGCCGCCCACUGCGCCCCGCUGCCCCGACACCCACAUAUCAGACCAAAGUGCAAUUGGGCGGGGCACGGGGCAGCGGGCAGUGAUGGACAGGGCGCCCCGUGCCGCAGGACGCUCGCUGGCGCCUCCCCGCCCCGGCCCCGCGCCCCGCCGACACACACACUAGUCGUGAAGCGCUGCCCCGCCCCACCCCAUCAGGGGGGGGGCAGGGCAAACUGUCAAACUGAUAUUACAACUCGUCUGAUGAUCUCACUCGUUCACAAAGGCGGGGCUGGGCGGGGCGGGGCACCCCUCCCCCUCCCCCCGCGACACCCACCCUCCCCCGCCCUGGGUCGCCUGACACAAUCAAAACUUAAGAGAGGCGGCAGUCGUCAUUUGUACUCCAUUUAUACUUAGCAAGCACAACAAACAGAGGAAGGAAGGAAGGAAGGAAGGAACACACACAAAGAAAGCAUUCCCCCCCACCAACCCUGACACACACUCAUGCACCUCUCUCAUGUGUGUGUGUGUGUGUGUGUGUGUGUGUGUUUUGAAGUGACUGCAACUACAGCUUCCACCAGCACCACCACACACACCACAGUGGCAGUGAUAGCAGUGUGUGUGUGUGUGUGUGUGUGUGUCUGGGUGUGUGUGUGUGUGUGUCUGGGUGUGGAGGGGUGUGGCUGGAUGGAGGGGGUGGGGUGGAGAGUGUGGGUUGCUUACUGGCUGAUCUUUUGGCAUUUAAAGUGUGUGUGUGUGUGUGUGUGUGUUUGUGUGUAAGUGUGUGUGCUAAGGUGUCAGUCUGUGUGUGUGUGUGUGUGUGUGUGUGUUUCUAGGUGAACCACUGCCUUAUUUGCUCACAUGUAGCUCUUAUGCAUCCUCGUAUUUUGUCAUUUAUUUCACAUUUUUACGUUUUCUACAAGUUAGGUUAGUCCCCUCCUCCCUCAUCCUGUCCCCUAUACUCCUCCCCCUCCCCCUUCCCAUCCCCCCCCUUCCUACAAGUAAACAGCCCACCACCACCACAGUCUCUCCUAACACUCACCAGACAAGCCACCCAGUUUCCCAUUUUCUUUCCGUCUGCCUUUUUUUUUUUUUGUGCCACGUUUUCUCUUUUUUGACGAAAACUCACUUUUUUUUCGCCAUUGGUCUUUUUCUUUUUAUUUAUUUAUUUCAUUUUUUUUUUUAUUUUUUUAUUUUUUUUUUUCUGUGGUUAUCUGUGCAUCUGCCAAAGUCACAUGUACACACACACUCACAUACACAUACAUACACACUUAUACAAAUAUACAUACAUACAUACACACACAAACACAUACAUACGUUAUUUUUACGGGUUUCUCAGUCAGUAUGUUGGAAGUAUUAUGUGGAGGAGGAGGAAGAGGAAGAAGAGGAAGAGGAGAUUUCACUAAAUUUCCACUACCUCUAAUCUUGUCUCCUCGCUGACCUCCACCACCACCACCGCCACCACCGGGCUCGAUCUCCCACUUAAUCUUGAUCUUGGCUGAGGGAAGGUCACUAAGGCCUCCUCUCAUGGGCUGAUCAGUCGACCCCACUCACCGUCUCGACCAAUCACAGACUGGAUGCAAAAAAAAAAAAUGUGAAAAAAAAUUAGACCUCAGGAAAAAAGGUCGGCUGAGAAAAAUAGAGUUGAUUGUAAUGAAAGAAAGAAAGAGAGAUAGAGAAGAAGAAAAGUGAUAAUUCAUGUGUUCUAUUUUCUUGUCACGUGGAGGAAGAAAAUAAUCAUUGUAUUAAUAUCGUAUUUAAUUGUUUUAUAUAAGUUUUUUAAGGUCAUUGACACUUUUAUAUGUAUUUAAUUUUUUUCUUUUUUUUUAUUUAGUAUUAUUAUUUUUUUUUUUUUUAAUCAGUGCAAUAUUGUAGUGAUGUUAAGGUACAUUUUGGUGUGACCUUUGUGUUCCUUUAAUGCUUUUGUGACCUCUUCAUUGUCUUGACCUUUAGGAAGAAAGAGAGAGAGGGGGAGAGAGGUGCUGGCUCGCGGGACUGUGACGAUUAGAGGAAUAGCGACAUCAUCAUCAUCAUCAUCAUCAUUAUCACCCUAAAUUUUCUACAACUCAAAUAAGAUAAUAAGAUGAAGCAUUUUUAACCAAUUGACUGCACAGAAAAAGAAAGUUUCAUCAUUGUUUUUUUUCUUUUUGGUAUAAUUUCCAUGCAUAAAUUGAAAGAAAAGUAGCAUUGAUGUUUGUGUGUUUGGCUUGUGUUGACAAUCUUGUGGUGUUCCUGACAAUCCAGAUUAUGUGGUGGAGAUCCAAGAUGUUGCUUCUUUCAUCCGAUUCUGCAGCUGACAAUAUGAACCAUUUUCUUCUUCCUUUUAAUUAUUUUGUAUUUUAUUUUUUUUUAUUUAUUUGUUUUAUUUUAUUUAUUUAUUUUUUGCUGUCAAUCUGGAUUCUGUGACAUUUUCAAAAAUUUUACGACGAAAUGUACUAUAAUUUUGAUGACACUGACAAAGAGGAAGUUUGGGAAGGUGUACUUGAGAGAGAGAGAGAGAGAGAGAGAGAGAGAGAGAGAGAGAGAAACUGUGAUAUCUCGACACCUAUGACAAUUUAGAUAUACAUGUGUGUGUACAUAUGACUGUAAAUUGUGUAUAUGUGUGUAAGACUGUGAUAACUCCUAUAGCAUUACUGCAUAUGUAUGUAUGUAUGUAUGUAUGUAUGUACGUAUCAAUGUAGAUUUACCUGUUUCAUUUUACGUUUUUAUUUCUAUUUACCCAAUUUGUAUUUUUAAUGGAAUGAAUCAAGACCAUAUUGUCCUGCCUUGUGUGUGUGUGUGUGUGUGUGUUUGUGUGUGUGUGUGUGUGUGUGUGUGUGUGUGUGUGUGUGUGUGUGUGUGUGUGUGUGUGUGUCCCAUAACUGACUCAAAUCAACACAGUCAGGGAAGGUAUGGAAGGUCAACCAUCCUAACCUAACCUACCAGGGAGUUUUGUAUACUAAUGAGCUUCACCAGGCGGCAGCAGCAGACCUGUUCCCUUGUCACGCACAGGAGCAGUAGCAAACAUGUCUACAGUGUCAUUCUAUAUACAUAAAGAUGCAAUGAACUUAUAUAAUAUGCUUUUCUACAUAAUUCCUUCUAAGUAGUAACAGGUAACAUCAAACUGCAUUCACGAACGAAAGUAUUUAUGUUGAUUUUCAAGUGAGUUGGCAUUUAGAUUUAUUUGGUCAUCUCAGGAUUUCUAAAACAGUACAACAUAAUCAGAAGCGUAUUAAUGUAGACAACAGUAUAAAUAACAACAACACUGUGCCAUUUAAAGCUCAAAAUUACAUAGAUCAACUUCCUAGUAUAUAAAAACAACUUUAACUGAAAAUCCACAUCUUGAGUGUCCCAAUGAGAGUAAUGCUGUAUAACCAAAACAAACAUCUGACUGGCCGUUUUUGGUUGAAGUAAACAAACACAUAGGUGGACAGCCAGUUAAUUCUUGCUGGAGUGUCUGUGCCACUACUCCUGUGCUCCUUUCCUGUCAUGCCACAGCAGUCCUGAGGUGUUUGUUUUGGUGUUUCUUUACUUUGACAUGUCGCUCGCUUCCUGAAAGAGAUACCCUAAUGAAAAUAACUAUCUAUGUAUCAUGAUGUUACUGAUUAUGUUAUGUCAUGCUAAAUAGUAUAGUCUUAUUUUUUUUAUCUUUUUCACUAUCCAAUUCAAUAGAUUUUAGACUUGUAAUAUACUGUAGUUAAAAUAUUGGUGACAUUUUUAGUAAAUAAUUGUGAAAAAUAUUUCCAUUUUGACCAACUCCCAAAAUUAUCUAUACAAGAUAUUGAAAAGUCAACGCAAAAUUUUGAAAGCAUCUUAAUGAUAAAUGUUCUGUGCUUCUGUAUGCAUGGGGGAUUUACAAAGACAACAUUUUAGCUCACAUCACUCGGGGACACACGGCAGCAACGACACCUGGCAGAUUAGUUGCCAAACCUUCCCAUUUAAACCAUCACCACUGACUCUCACACUCACCAUCAUCAGUCAGUCAGGGUAAACCAGCCUAACCUAAGCUAACCCAUCAUCAAGCAGUCUCUGCAGCGCCACAGCCUCGCCAGCCAGCCGUCCGGGGAGUGAAGAGUUGAAUGGUCACUCUCUGAAAUACAAGAUACAGUAACAUAAUUGGCUCUGAUCAUUCUGCAGGUGUAUAAUACAAUAAAAACAAACAACAUCACUACUUAGGUCUUAGAAAUACUACUACUACUAUUACUAUUACUGCUACUACUACUACAACUUAUUACUACAACUUUUUUUAUAUGCAAGUCUGUGCUUAGAACACUAAGAAGUUGGUGAUAUAUAUAAUAAAGAAACAUACUUUAUACUUUUUUCUCAUUGUGAUUUUUUUUUUCUGUUUCUUAUUCUACUUAAAAAAAAUGAAAGAAAAAAGGAUGUUAUUUUAUAGUUUUUGGAAGAUGUGUGUUUCUAUGGGUGUGUGUGUAGUGUGUUUGGGUGUGGUGGGGGGGCCAGACAGGCACUAGACAGGCAGGCAGACAGUCAGUUAACUAUUCUGUAUGUCUUUUAGUCAGUCUUCCAGUUUGUUUCUAUUUCAAUCAUGAUCUGUGUGUUUCCUUGUCUCUGUCUAUCAGUCAGUUCAUUAAUCUGUCUGUAUCUGUCAUUUUUCCCGUUUCAAUCAAGACCUGUGUGUGUUUUUCUCUCAGUCAGCAUAUCAGUUCAUCUGGCUGUCUCUCUCUCAACUCUCUCCAAUCAGUCAGUUUGUCUCUCUCUGGCUGCCUUUCUGUCUGUCUGUCUGUCUCUCUUCACCAGUCAGUCCAUCUGUCUGCUGUUUGUCUUCCUGUCAGUCAGUUUGUCAUUCUAUCAUCCCUCUAUGUGUGUGUCUGCCUGUCUGCCAGCACUGUGCGGCCCCCAACUCCCAUCAUCACCCUCAAGUCAACUAAUUUUAUUUAUUUAUUUUUAAACCACUCAGUAACUUUAGGAAUGGCAUUGCAAAACUUUUGUAUAAGUUUGUGUAUGUACACACUUCGUACGUAGCGAGUGGCAUGCGUGUGGGUGCAGCGCCGUGCUGGUGAGCAGAGCAGGUGUUGCUGCACCACAGCAUUGAGGAGACACAGGAAGAAGGAAGCAAACUGCUGUGCAGGAUUUGUGUUUCAUUUGUGAAACUUGGAACAUUUGUACAAGAAAGCGUGAUGUUUAGAAUUGGCAGUUUUUAGACUUAUGAAAAAUUUGUAAAAGGAAUGAAAAUGUUGUAUAGAGUUUGAGUUUGAUUUUAGAAGGCUCAGAAAAUUUGUAAAAAGAAACUAAUGUACAGAAAUUAAAUUGUAAAGGAUUUUGAACAUUUAUAGAGAAAAUGUUUAGAAAUUUUAUAAAAGGAAAAAUAUAAAUAAUUUUAAAGAAUUCUAAGGAGUUUUGAAAAUUUAAGGGAAAAAAUAAUGAACCUGAAUUUGAAAGAGUUGAAGAAUUGCAAAAGAAAAACUGCUCAGUUAAAAAUUGAAAAUCAGAAGAAAAGGCAAAUCAGUGAACACAAUUUCAAAGAACAAUAAAAAAAAAACAUACAAAACACAAAAUCCAACUCAAACCAAAAAAAAAAGAAAAGAAAUGGGAAAUAUAACGACCAAGGAAACUCUCCAAGCGUCAAACAUUUUCACAAAACGUACGAAAGGUGGAGAGAGAGAGAGAGAGAAAGAGAUAGAACCACCAAACAAGUGAAGUGGAGGGAGUGUGUUCAUGUGUGUGUGGCAGCGACCUCUGUUGUGUGGCUUGGGGUGUUAGGGCGGGCGGUGAGGGUCACAUCGCACCAGGUCGCAGGAUGUCACAGGUCACAGGAAGUCAGGUCAGCGCUUAGUCUUGCCGGGUCAGUUCUGGUGUGUCAGGAAACUUGCAUUACUGAUUCUAGGUGUCAAAUCUUGGCUAGAUUUUGGGGUACUAGAUUAAUUGUUAGUUUUCCUUGACAGUUGUUGUUUCUCCAUGUUAAAUUGCUUGCUUCUUUGCUUAAAAUUCUAUGGCGGGAGAGAGAGAGAAAAAGAGAGACUGUGUGUAUGAGUGUGUGUGCAUGUGUGUGUGUGUGUGUGUGUGUGUGUUUAGGCCAAAAGGCUGAGGCUAUGCUAAAAUGAAGAAAAGAAAUGAGGUUUAUAAAGUUUGCCUUGGUAAGGUUUAAAUUUUUAUGAGAAGGAUUAACUUUGUGUGUGUGUGUGUGUGUGUGUGUGUGUGUGUGUGUGUGUGUGUAAAACGAGGUGAUUGGAUGGUUGGGUCUGUGUUUGUAGUGUAGGCUCUUUGACUAGCACUGUUUUAGUAGAACCUGAUGCAAGAAUUGUUGGCCGACACACACACACUGACACACCAAACACAAACACACACACACACACACACACCCCACACACACACACACACAGGGCCACACAACAGCAGGACGCCACAGCAUCACUCCCGCCGCCCCUCCUUCCCUCACAGCUGAGAAGCGCGCAUGACUGCCACACACACGAGGAGCCUAGUGGCGGCGCUUGAAACUAAAAAAAAAACAAAAAAAAAAAAACAAAGAAAAAAAGUGUACAUAGGUUAACACAAGUCUGCCGCCGCUGCUGCAAGAGUCACGGCUGAGAGGUCUUGAGGUCAUCUGCACAUGGCCUUCCACAACCCCCCAUGGCUGUAACCUCAAGGAGCGAAAAACGGAGAAAUAUUCAUCGCCACUAUUUUUUUUAUUUGACGAGCCAAUCCUCACAAAAUUUUGGUGAUGGGGGGUGCAGCCACUAAGCCCCGAGGAAGCCACGAUAUGUUUAAAUACUGUACACACUGUAAGACAUUGUAAAAUAGAUGUCCAAAGUAGGUGAUAAUUUUACCGAAGACACUGUAAAUAAUUUUCUAGAGAUACCCCAGCGUACGUGUGUGUGUCGAGAGGAAGGUUUUCGCAGUGUAGUGGAAGUGUGUUUUGUAUACCGAGUGUGGCGGCUCCACCCAGACGUGAGCCGCCAGUCCCUCCCCUUUUGAUAUUUUUGUUCCGUCAAAAAUCCACAAAGGGUUGAAAAUUUGGGAGAAAACAAAAAAAACAUAAAUAAAUGAAAGGUGUAAAAAAAUAAACAACAAACAAUUCUACCACAAACGGACAGUUGGUGGGACUGCUUAUGUUUUCUUUUUUUUCUUUUUUCUUUUUUUUUGUGAUAAUUGUAAAGAGUACUGUGGAACCAUACAUGAGAAAAAAACUAGGAUGUGUAGGAAUAUAAUUUCUGUGUUGUUCAGAAUCAAUAAACAAAGUAUUCAUGCCAAAAA